AGCUCCCCGUGAAUGGCAAACAAGAUGAAGUUGCUACCAAGUGCUCUGAAGUGCUAUGAAAUAACCUCAAAAGUUUGAAGCAUGGGUGUUCGCGGUUUAGCUUCAUAUGUUGAUAAAAAUAGCAAACAAUAUUUGAGAACUUACGAUUUGCACGACACGUAUUUAGUGAUUGAUGGCAACAAUCUUGCUGCACAGUUGUAUGUUAAACAUACAAUCUGCUAUGACUGUUUUGGAGGUGAAUAUGACACAUAUAGAAGAACCAUAAAAGACUUCUUUGAUAUAUUGAAAACAUGUAAUGUUACUCCACUUAUUGUAUUUGAUGGUUGCUAUGAAAACAAGAAACUUAAAACUAUUUACUCAAGGGUUAAUGCAAGAAUUCAAAUGGUCAGUAAGUUGAAUGCUUAUACAGAAAGUGCAAGCACUGUUUUCCCAUUAUUUUUGAGAGAAUUGUUCACUGAAGUGGUUCUGAGUUUGGGUUUAAAAGCAGUGCGAUGUGAUUUUGAAGCUGAUUAUGAAAUGGCCUGCAUGGCAUCUACUCUGGACUGUCCAUUACUUAGUUAUGACUCUGAUUUUUUUAUAUUUGAUAUCAAAUAUAUACCUUUUCCAACAUUACAAUUUUACUAUAAAACUAUCACAGUAAAUGAUAGGACAUGUAGUGCAAUUGAAUGCAAGUUAUAUAAAGUUGAAACAUUUUUAUCUGCAUUGGGAGCAGUAGAUAAAUCUAACAUGCCACUAUUAGCAACUCUACUGGGAAAUGACUAUAUCAAGAAGAGUUACUUCAAAAAAUUUUAUGAUCAAUUGAAGUUGGUGAAAAAGAAGUCCAGUCAAAGUGAAUUGCAUAGAAGAAUAGAAUCAGUAAUAAAGUGGUUGCAAGAUGAAACUUAUGAGAGUGCAGCAAGGAAGAUUUUAGGGAUGAUCAAGUUUAAAAAGAGAGAAGAAGUUGCUAAAAAGAUCAAAUUUAUAGCAGAUGGCUAUAUCUGUGUAAAAAGCAAAAUUCUUUGCAAUUUUGGUAUAAAUAUAGAUACUGAGGUUACUGUGAAGAAGAUGGCAGACAUUGAUAUUUCCACAAUAAAAAAUGAAGAUAGUAUAGAUACUAGUGAGAGUGAUGAUGAAGAAAUCAGUGAUGAAGAAGAUAUUGAGAUGGACAAUAUUCAAAGCAUUGAAGUUGAUACUUUAACUGCAUUUUUUCCAAGUUGGUUUGUUACUGAAUUCAGGUCUAGUAAUUUUCCUGCAUGGUUUUUGGACAUUGCUAUCCAUAAGCGCUAUUUCUUUAUCCCUCAAGUGGAAAAUAAAGAUUUAGAACAUUCUAAUUCAAUAAGCAUACCUCUUCUAGCAGCACUGCACAAAAUGUUAAGUUCUGGAAAUCAAGAAGAAUAUGUUUAUGUAGCUAGAAAGAAAUCUAAGAUAUGCAGUGUAACUAUGAAAUGUUCAGAUCUUGAUUUGCCUACCCUAGCCGAAAUAGAACAUAUGGAUACAUUGACUCGCUGCAAUGUUUUGUUAAAAAUUGUAGAUAUUAAUAGCAAUUGCAUGACAUGCCUAAAUACGUUUCCUCCAGACUGGCAAGUAUUUAUUCUAGCAAUAAUGUAUUGGGUUAAGAAUGCCGAUAUGACAAUAACUAAUAACUAUGUUUACAGUCUUAUUAUGUGUGUAAUCAUUUUAAAAAAUGUAGACAAGAAAUUCGGUAAAAGCAUAAGAACUAUAAAUAAAUUGUGCAAUUAUAUGCAUGGUUUAAAAAAGAAUGAUUUGCACUACGCAGAAUUAGAAGAGUGCGGAUACUUUCUUCAGGAAAUGAUUCCAAAAUUUUACAUGCACGAAAAAAUGUGUAGAAACCCCAAAAAUUAUGAUUCAAAUAUUGUGCAUGCAUUCGCUCAAUUCCAAAGUUGCGCUUUUCACAUAAAAUAUCUUAACAAACUUCUGAAGUUGCCAUUCGAAGAUUUCAAUAUAUCAGAGUUUUUCAAUGGCACUUUCAUUUACAACUUUUAUUGUACAUUGCUGCGGCGACCUAGCUCAUUAGAUUACAUUCAAUUUAUUCUCAAACGUUGUCCAGAUAUUUUUAAAUAUUUCAAGGAAAUGGCUGAACUUAUAACAAACACUCUGGAGAUGCAAGCUGUAGUAGGCAAGAAGAGGCACAGGAAGGCAAAUCGAAAAUGAAAUGAAUGUAUAACAUAUACGGAAAUAAUUAUUAUUGA